ACCGCCUCUUGGCGGCUGCGGAGGUACCAUGGCCGACGACGGCGGCGGCGGCCCUGACGAGGCGCCCAGUCCGCGGGGCUCCCCGGGUCGGGCGCCGCGAGUUCAGCGUGCGGUCGGGCCAGGCAGCAGCGGCGGCUGCGGGGAGACCCCGCGGACGGCGGCACUGGCGCUGCGCUUCGACAAGCCCAUCAAGCAGGCCUUCUACAACACCGGGGCGGUGCUGUUCGUGUGCCUGUGCUGCGGCGCUGCCGUGCUUGUCUACUUCAUCCUCGAGGCCUUUCUGCGGCCGCUGCUGUGGGCGGUGCUGUGCGGCACCUUCCUGCACCCUUUCAAGAGUUCGCUGACGCGCCUGGGCCGCCACUGGCUGCAGCGCCUGCAUCGCUCGCACACGCCCAUCGUGCUGGCCGCACUGCUGCUGCCACUCUGCUUCGCCGACUAUGGCGUGGAGGCCCUGGGUGAGCAGGCGCUGCGCCGCCGCCGCCUGCUGCUGCUGCUUGGCGCCGGCGGCCCUCUCCUCUACGGCCUCUACAGUCUGGGCAGCUACCUGGGCGUGCAGGUGCUGCUGGUGCACGCCGGCGUUCUCAUCUGCCGCGGGCUGGACUAUUUCAGCAGCCUGUGGAUCUGGACGUUGGUAGUUGGCUAUGUGUUGACUGUUUCAUUCAAGUGGAAUGCAAGCACUGAACGCUACUUGAGAGCAAUUUCAAUUCCUGUCUGGAUUAUAUUGCUUUUUCAUUUAGCAUCCCUGGCUGGCUCGUGGAGAAUUCCAGUAUUCCUGGUUAUUGUUUUCCUGAUGUCUGUGGGCACCCUUUAUGAAAAACAGAAUGGAGCAGAGUCAUCUGGAGCAGAGUUACCAGGGCAAGUUAUCUCCAUGGCAGCGUCUACUCUUGCAACCUUGGCCAUCUCAAUCACAGGGUACGAGUCAAGCACUGAGGACCAGCCCUCUACCCCGUCUGCAGGGACAAAGACCAUGGACAGAGGAGAACCCCCUCCAACGAUAUCUUCAUCUUCUUCACCCUCCUCCCCUUCACCCACCUUGGGCAGACAAAGGCCUGAAAUUGGAUCGUUUCUUAGAAAGAAGAAAACUAGUGAUAUCUACUUUGUGUCUCUCGUUUGGGCCAUCAUUGGAGUCCAGAUCUGGUUGAACCUAUGGAUUAUACAGUUGCUGCCAGUGCCUAUUGCCGUCUGGAUACUCAAAAAGCUUGUUAUUCACUUUGGUGUUGUGAACUUCCUGGAGAAGCGGUGCUCCGUGUGGUGGCAGGUUAUAGAGCACUUCCUGAAGGAGCGGCAGGAAGCCCUGGCACCAUGGCCAAUUAUCGGGCUUGGAAAAUUCUUACUAAAAGUGGAUAGCAAGCUCUGGCACUGGCUAAAUAAGAAGAUGAUCAUCUGGUUGGAGAAGAUGUUAGACAAAAUAAUUAGCAUUUUCAUCAUAUUUUUGUUAGUGAUAGGAACCCUUCUUUUAGCCCUACUCCUGACCGCAAAGGUACAUCAAGAGAGUGUACACAUGAUUGAGGUCACAAGCAAUUUGAUUAAUGAAACUCUAGCAAAUCACCCUGAAUGGGCAAACUGGCUUCCUGAGGCUCAGGUAGUCCAAAGAGCCCUCAAUUCUGCGGCUAACAAUGUGUAUCAGUAUGGAAGAGAGUGGAUAACACACAAGCUUCAUAAAAUUCUUGGAGAUAAGGUGAACAAUACUGCUGUAAUUGAAAAACAAGUACUAGAACUUUGGGAUAGACUGUAUCAUUCUUGGUUUGUAAAGAAUGUAACGCAUUCUGGGAGGCACAAAGGACACAAGAUGCAUAUAAGUCGUCAGAACAGCUGGCUGGGAGACAUUCUAGACUGGCAGGAUAUCGCUUCCUUUGUCCACGAGAACAUUGAGACAUUUCUAUCGAUCUUAGAGUCUCUGUGGAUCGUGAUGAGCCGGAACGUGAGCCUGCUCUUCACCACUGUCACCACGCUCCUGACCAUCCUGUUCUACAGCGGGACUGCCCUCCUCAACUUUGUUCUGUCUCUGAUAAUUUUCCUGACCACACUAUUUUAUCUAUUAAGUUCCAGUGAUGAGUACUACAAGCCAGUGAAGUGGGUGAUAAGCCUGACACCACUAUCUCAGCCAGGUCCUUCUUCUAAUAUUAUUGGCCAGUCUGUGGAAGAAGCUAUCAGAGGGGUGUUUGAUGCUUCCCUCAAAAUGGCUGGCUUCUAUGGAUUGUACACCUGGCUGACUCAUACUAUAUUUGGCAUCAAUAUUGUCUUUAUACCAUCAGCUUUAGCGGCAAUCCUUGGAGCAGUGCCAUUUCUGGGCACAUAUUGGGCAGCAGUACCUGCAGUUCUAGACCUGUGGCUUACUCAAGGCUUAGGGUGCAAAGCCAUCUUACUGUUGGUUUUUCAUCUCUUGCCAACAUACUUUGUAGAUACUGCCAUCUAUUCUGAUAUAUCAGGAGGUGGCCAUCCGUACUUGACAGGUUUGGCAGUGGCUGGCGGAGCAUACUACCUGGGCCUGGAAGGAGCCAUCAUCGGGCCCAUACUUCUCUGCAUACUUGUGGUCGCUUCCAAUAUCUAUAGUGCCAUGCUCCUGAGUCCCACGAAUUCAGUGCCCACACCGAACCAGACCCCAUGGCCUGCUCAGACUCAGCGGACUUUCCGUGACAUUUCUGAAGAUCUGAAACCUUCAAUAGACUGACUUGGUUUACAACUGCAGUGAUUUCUCUAGGAAAUUCAACCCUGACUGAGUUCAGCUCAGCUGUGGCCUCCUGUCCUUUCAGCCGUGCCUAGCAGACAGAGCCCAGGAAAAGAAGCAAAAGCCUCCUGGCCUUCCAUACAAAAUGCCCAGACAAGAGAGGACUUGCUGCGGACUGCUUUGCGUUUUCAAGCACAGCUUUAGAGCUCAGAGAUGUGGUUUAUUCACUCAACUGUUGCUAAGACGGAUUGAAAAGUUUCAGUUUAUACACUGGUACUAUGGCUUGAAAUUUUCCCACUUUGAAUAUCUGUAUUAUAAUACGUAUUUAUAAAAUUUUCUUAAGAGCCCUAAACUACCUGCUAUCACGAGUGUAUACAGUGUCAUUUUCUCCUGUUUUAAGAAACCUGUUCUUAAACUUUUCUACUGACAGUCA